UACUAUCGCCAUCGACCGAUGCUAAUGUGGAGGCAGCUGUGAAUGUUGUAUCAGCCCGCCAUGGAGCACGCUGACCAGUGGGAGUUCUGCCGCAGACGCGGCCUUUCCGACGCGAGCGACGCGUCGAUACACAACGAUCGCCACCGCCGCGGCGCGCCGUAUUGGCCGCACUUGCUGAGCGGCGCGUCACGCGUCGGUUUCGUGUUUGGCGCGCCGUGUGUUCGCCUGUGACCAGCUCAUUGAUUGGUCGGACCGCGGCCCGGUGGUGACGGAGCGACCGGUGCGCCGAUCGGCCCGAGGUGCGGUGACGGAGUCGGCGGGACGUGGCCAGAAGUUAGCGCGGCCCACAGCUGUGAUUGAAUGGGAGAUUGUCGGAUUGAAGAGAGGUUAUAACGACCGUCAAGAGAACUUGCUGACGUCUGGAGCAAAGUGCACCACGUGAUGAAAUUACCAGGUGGCGGUUGUCGAUAAGACAAAUAUUUCCUUCGAAUAAGGUGGAUUUUCAAGCAUCAGGAAAACGAUUCGAGCAGACAAGCCAUUGAAGAGGAUCUAACCGAACUGGACCGAAUUGAAACCGAACAAAUUCGAACUGGAUCCAAGAGCGUAAUUGUUGGAUUGCGCUGGAGCCCAGGACCUCGGGAAUGUCGCGUCGGAGCUCUUCAAUCCAGCCUGUUUUGGAGGAGGACCCUGCCAACGGCCACCACCUGCGGCCAUAUUCAUCCGUGCGCAUCAGGAGCGACUCCAUCCAGGCCAAUAACAGCGGCGACAAUGGCCUGUGCGGUGUGCUACUGACGCUGAUCUCAUGGUUACUGGUCCUGUGCACCCUGCCCUUCUCGCUCUGCGUCUGCUUCCGGGUGGUGCAGGAAUAUGAACGGGCGGUCAUUUUCCGACUGGGACGGCUGCUAUCCGGUGGCGCCAGAGGCCCAGGAAUAUUCUUCAUCCUGCCAUGCAUCGAGAACUACACCAAGAUCGACAUGCGAACGUCCGUAUUCGACGUUCCUCCUCAAGAGGUACUGACCAAGGACAGCGUGACCGUGUCGGUGGACGCCGUCGUCUACUAUCGGGUCAGCAACGCCACCAUCAGCGUGGCCAACGUGGAGAACGCCCACCACUCGACCCGCCUGCUCGCCCAGACCACGCUGCGCAACAUGCUCGGAACCAAGAACCUUCAUGAGAUCCUCGGAGACCGGGACGGAAUAUCAGCCUCGAUGCAGAACUCUCUGGACAGCGCCACGGACAACUGGGGAAUCAAGGUCGAACGCGUCGAAGUGAAGGACGUCCGUCUGCCGGUGCAGCUGCAGCGCGCCAUGGCCGCCGAGGCCGAGGCCGCCCGUGAGGCCCGCGCCAAGGUGAUCGCUGCGGAGGGAGAGAGCAAGGCGUCGCGCGCGCUGAAGGAGGCGGCCGAUGUGAUGAAGGAGUCGCCGUCGGCCCUGCAGCUGCGUUACCUGCAGACACUGAACUCGAUAUCGGCAGAGAAGAACUCGACAAUCAUCUUCCCGCUGCCUAUCGACUUUAUGUCGCAGUUCGUCAACAAGUAGCGGCGUCGGGCACCCCAGCCCCCGACCCGACCCGCUGACGUCACACAUCGUGACGUCACAGGGCUCUACAAGUGACGUCACCGAGAUGACGUAGGGCGCCGCAAUACGGCGAAACAGCAGCGUUGUGACCCCUCGCUGCAGAUGGUCCGUAUUUGGGAGCGGACCGCGGCGUCCGCGCGGCAGCGACAGAUGUCGAUUUGUACCGUCACCAGCCACCUCACGCUCGGCCCAUAAUGGGCCCUCGAGUCCCACGGGGCCCACCAGGUCCCACCGGGACUCAGCAGACCCCACCGGGGUCCCGGGGCCCGCGCACGGUCCCCCGACGGACCCACGUACGGCGGCACACGCACACGCCACAGUGUCUGUGCUAUUCGUGGUGUCACAUGUGUUGUUCGCCGGGUGUUCUAUUCGAGUCAGUCGCGGAGCCUCCGAAACGAGCGGCCACAUCGUGUCCGUUAAUCAGUAGAUGACGUAGAUUUUGUGAUCGACGCGGGCUGCGCUUCAGGAGUUUACCGACAGUAUUGUUUUAUUGAAUGUCUGCUCUGAAAUCUAUGAUAGUUUUUGUAUCUAUUUAUGGGUUGUUGUAUGCGGCAAAUGAGACAUUAUGUGUUCAAGUGGAGGUAUGUUUAUUGAAGAUGCCGAACGUAUGGUUUCAAAUUAUUUUCAUGAAGUGCAAUAGGCUGCAUUAUUGUAUCACCAGUUGUAGAUACUUUUAGAGCAAAGUGGACAAAGCUACAAGCUGAACAAUCCGCAAUCCACGGUAUAUCUCAACAGCCUAAGGGGCUCAAUACCAGUGCGUCAUCGGUUAAAUUCCGUCCGGACAAAAAGUUCGUUCCGCACGCACGCUAAUUAAACCACAGCUUUGCGUCCGCAACGUGUCGUGGUUUCACAAAUUGAUGUCGGCGUUCGCUAUCUCCCGCACACAUUAUGACUUUUCCCGCAAUCAGGCUCUGUCAUAAAACUACCGAAGCUCAAUUCUGUAAAGAAUCUCGAUACUAACGUGUUAGUUUCUUUCCUGUGUGAUAAACGGAUGAAGUAAGGCGGGAUUAAAAUAAUUCAAAUAAAAGUUCAGCGAAGUUAUGUCCGAAAUUUCCAAUAUUCCCAAUGGUCUGAACAUUACUAUUAAGCCAAAUAAAACUGCGCCACCGUAUCUCAUGAGGCUACGCAGUUAUUUCUCUCAGUGGACAGCAUCUAGUCAUUUUAUGAAUCUCAUGAGGCAAUCUCUGCGCUUUCGGAACAAGGACGCCUGCCGUCCCAGCGGGCCUCCCACAGCGCUAUUCGCGGCACUCGCCUGCCUGCGGCGGGCGGCGCGACCCGUUGGUGGAGCUCGUCGCACAUGAUACUCAGUGAAUGGCACACCUGAGCAAGGUGCUGUGUUCAGUUUGCAGAUGCGGGAGCCGCAACAGCGGUGAUUGGUUCAUCGGGGCGUACUGCCUAGUGAUCGAAUAGCGAGCGAUGUGAGGAAGAAUCUAGCGGAAAGAUCGGGCCGAGACAUGUGAUGAGUAGUUUUUGGAACUGUUUACAGUGUGGGGAUCUAUCGGCAGUUCAGGAUAAUCAUUCACUCUCGCAUUUACUGUGCGCGUUGUUGGUUGGUGUCGAUGUUAAAUAAAAUCCGGUUCACCA